AGUCCUAACAUACGAAGGAGACAAAAAAGAAGAAGAAAGUGUGCAUUGAGGUGGGAAAUACUGGUUUGCUAAAAAAAAGUGUCUUCUCUUUUGUGUUUCUUUGGGGGGGUUUUAAAGCAGAUUAAUAAAUGGAGAGCAAAUUGUUCGGCGGGCUUCCUGAGCUUGGGAUAUCUAACGGCGAGGACCUCAAAGAGACUCUCACCAACUGCACUGAGCCACUCAAAGCUAUCGACCAGUUUCAGAUGGAAAAUGGCAUCCUCCUGCCAACCCUCCAGUCGGCUCUCCCCUUCCUGGACCUGCACGGGACACCCAGGCUGGAGUUCCACCAGUCCGUCUUUGACGAGCUCCGGGACAAGCUGAUGGAGAGAGUCGCCACCAUCGCCGAGGGCAAGGAGGACGACAGGUACGGCAAGCUGGAAGAGUUGCUGGAGAAAAGCUUCCCGCUGGUCAAAAUGUCCUCCAUCCAGCCGGUGGUCAUGCAGGUGCUGAAACAUCUACCCAAGGUCCCUGAGAAGAAACUGAAGAUGGUGAUGGCGGACAAGGAGCUGUACAAGGUGUGUGCUGUGGAGGUGAAAAGGCAGAUCUGGCAGGACAACCAGGCUCUCUUUGGGGACGAGGUGUCCCCGCUCCUGAAGCAGUACAUCGUGGAUAAAGAAGCGGCGCUGUUCAGCAGCGACCUCUCCAUCCUGCAUAAUUUCUUCAGCCCAUCCCCCAAAAUGCGACGUCAAGGCGAGGUGGUCCUGAAGCUGACGCAGAUGAUCGGGAAGAACGUGAAGCUGUACGAUAUGGUGUUGCAGUUUCUGCGGACGCUCUUCCUGCGGACGCGGAAUGUUCACUACUGCACGCUGAGGGCCGAGUUGCUGAUGUCCCUCCAUGACUUGGACAUCAGUGAGAUCUGUUCUGUAGACCCCUGUCACAAGUUCACAUGGUGCUUAGACGCCUGCAUCAGAGAAAAGUUUGUGGAUGGCAAGCGGGCCAGAGAGUUGCAAGGGUUCCUGGAUGGAGUCAAGAAAGGACAAGAGCAAGUUCUUGGGGACCUGUCUAUGAUCCUGUGUGACCCGUUUGCUUCCAACACGCUGGUGCUGAGUAUCAUGAGGAACCUGCAGGAGCUGCUGAGCCAGGAUGCUUUACCCAGGGACAGUCCUGAUCUGAUGUUGCUUCUAAGGAUGCUGUCGCUCGGCCAGGGAGCCUGGGAUAUGAUCGACAGCCAGGUGUUCAAAGAACCUCGCCUGGAUUUGGAGCUCAUGACCCGCUUUCUACCCGCCAUGAUGUCGGUGGUUGUGGACGAUCACACCUUCAGCGUGGAGCAGAAGCUUCCCAAUGAUGAGAAGAGCUCGCUGGCGUAUCCUACCUCCUUGCCAGACGCCUUCAUCAGGUACAUGCAGGACAACCGAGUGGCUUGUGAGAUGGGUCUCUACUACGUUCUUCACAUCGCCAAGCUGAGGAACAAGAACGCCUUACAGAGGCUGUUACCUGCUUUGGUGGACACGUACAAUGACAUGGCCUUUGGGGACAUCUUCCUGCACCUGCUGACCGGACAUCUCACUCUGCUGUCGGACGAGUUCGGAGGGGAGGAGUUCUGUUCCGUGGUCUUCGAUGGCUUCCUCCUGACGUCGUUUUCCAGUAAGGAGAACGUGCACCGACACACGCUGCGCAUGUUGCUGCAUCUCCACCACAAAGUCCUGCCUUCGUACUUGGAAACCUUGAAGAAAACUCUGGAACCUCCCAAGCAGAGCGGCGAGCCGGUGAAGGAGCUGCACAGCCAGCUGACGGACAAGAUGGACGCCCAGAAGAAAAGUCCUGCCGUGGCAGAGGAGCCGCCGUCACUGGAUCUCAGCCUGCACCCGGUCAAAGUCGCCCCCGCAGCGGCGUCCGGCACGGCUACCCCGCUCUGACCAGGAUGUGUCUCCUUUUUCCUCUUUUAUUGUCCUGCUCCACGGAGACUGCUUGGAUUUUCUCCCACGCUACAUCGUUCUGCUUUCAUCCAUGAAUUAUCGGCCAAACUCCAACCGCCCCCCCGUGUGACUUUCUCUGAGGAAUGGCGACGUCGGUUUUUUUCGACUUUUUUUUUUAUGUUUUACUUCUGACGGAAGUGCGUCAAAGAAAAGGAAAGCGAAGUCCAAUUAGGAAAAAUGUGCAGAAAUCAAGCUUCCCAAAGGAUAAAGUUUAGUUGGGUUUUUUUAUCAAAAGGUCUGCUGCUGAGAAAUGAAUACCACUUCCUGUCUCUUCCGUCUAGUUUCCUGUCUUUGACGAGUCCUUCAUGUGUUGAAUCCUUCACAUAAGUCCUACCUUAAAGGGGAACUGCACGUCUGUCAUUCGCGAUCCUCAUGUAAGACGUUUUUCUUUUUUAUACAUUCUAAAUCGUAAAUAGACGCUAGCAAGAGUCAGCUAUUGACAGUCGCCUAUAAAGCGCUCUAAAAAAAACAUUAUUGUUUAUAUACACACUGUAUGUAUAUAUGUAAUGUAGUAUCCGUCACAUUCAUAAUAACAUGUGAUAUUUACAUAUUUGGAUCAUUUUAAGUAUUAAUUUCACAGACUCAUCACAACAUUUACUUUCCCUUCAACAACAAGAAGAAGAAGAAGACUACUAAUCAUGGCAGACUUGAUGAGAGACAACAAAGACUACUUUGGGACAAUUGAUGAUCCAGAAACUGAUGUUUUUGAGCCUGAAUAUAAGGAGGACGAUCUGCAAGUUUCAGAAGCUGUGUGCUAAACAGAUCGAGAAAGUAGCAGCAUUGCUAAGUGCUAAAAAAGAUACACAAACGUAAUAAAACAAUCACUUGCUGUACAA